AAGCAAGUCCUGCUCUGCGGAGUUCUUCAGCCUUGACCUAAGGUCUCACACGUGGAGCACGAUGACAUCAUCGCAACUGGAGUACACUCUGCAAACCCUUCUGGAGCAGCUGAGCGAGGGUGAAUUAGGGACUUUCAAAUCCAUCUUAUGGGCUUUUCCCCUAGAAGAUGUGCUACAGAAGACCCCAUGGUCUGAGGUGGAAGAGGCUAAUGGCAAGAAACUGGCAGAAAUUCUGGUCAAUACAUCCUCAGAAUGCUGGAUAAGGAAUGCGACUGUGAAGGUCUUUGAAGAGCUGAAUCUCCCAGAAUUGUCUAAGAUGGCAAAGGCGGAGUUGCUGGAGGACGGACAGGUGGAAGAUGCAGAUAACCAUGAGCUGGGAGACUCAGAUGAGGACUUGGAGUUAGCAAAGCCAGGUGAGAAGGAAGGAUGGAGAAACGUGAUGGACGAACAGUCUUUGGUCCAGAGGAACAGCUUUUGGCGAGGAGACAGUGACAAUUUCCACGACCACGUCACUCAGAGAAACCAAAGGUUCAUUCCAUUCUUGAAUCCCAGAAGACCCACGCAGCCAUCCCCUUACACGGUGGUUCUGCACGGUCCUGCGGGCGUGGGGAAAACCACGCUGGCCAAAAAGUGUAUGCUGGACUGGAAAGACAACAACCUCGGCCCCAAGGCCAGGUACGCGUUCUACCUCAGCUGCAAGGAGCUCAGCCGCCUGGGCCCGUGCAGUUUUGCAGAGCUGAUAGCCAAAGACCAGCCAGAAUUACAGGAUGAUAUUCCAAACAUCCUAGCCCAAGCACAGAGAAUCCUGUUCGUGGUCGACGGCCUUGAUGAGCUGAGAGUACCCCCCGGGGCGCUGAUCCACGACAUCUGUGGGGACUGGCUGAAGCCGAAGCCGGUGCCGGUCCUCCUGGGGAGUUUGCUGAAGAGGAAGAUGCUACCCAAGGCUGCCCUGCUGGUCACCACGCGGUCCUGGGCCCUGAGGGACCUCCGGCCCCUGAUGGAGCAGCCCAUCUACAUAAGGGUGGAGGGGUUCCUGGAGGAGGACAGGAGGGCCUAUUUCCUGAGACACUUUGGAGAGGAGGACCAAGCCACGCGUGCCUUUGAGCUGAUGAGAAGCAACGCGGCCCUGUUCCAGCUGGGCUCGGCGCCCGCGGUGUGCUGGAUGGUGUGCAUGAGUCUGAAGCUGCAGAUGGAGAACGGGGAGGACCCGGCCCCCACCUGCCACACCCGCACGGGGCUGUUCCUGCACUUUCUCUGCAGCCGCUUCCCGAAGGGUGCCGAGCUCGGGCGCACGCUGCGGGCGCUGAGCCUCCUGGCUGCGCAGGGCCUGUGGGCGCAGAUGUCCGUGUUCCACGCAGAGGACCUGGAGAGCCUCGGGGUGCAGGAGUCCGACCUCCGCCCGUUCCUGGACAGAGGCAUCCUCCGCCAGGAUGGAGACUCCAAAGACUGCUACUCAUUCCUGCACCUCAGCUUCCAGCAGUUUUUCACUGCGCUGUUCUACGCCCUGGAGAAGGAGGAGGAGGAGGACGGCCACGCCUGGGACAUUGGGGAUGUGCAGAAGUUGCUUUCUGGAGAAGAACGACUCCAGAACCCCGACCUGAUCCAAGCAGGACACUUCUUAUUCGGCCUCGCCAACGAGCAGAGAGCCGCAGAGUUGGAGACCACUUUUGGCUGCGUGAUGUCACGGGAGAUUAAACAGGAAUUGCUGCGGUGCAAAGCAAACCUUCACGUAAAGAAGCCGUCAUCGAUGGCAGGCCUGAAGGAGCUCUUGUGCUGCCUGUAUGAGUCUCAGGACGAUGAGCUGGCAAAGGUGGUGAUGGCCCCGUUCAAGGAAAUUUCUAUUCACUUGACAAAUACGUCUGAAAUGAUGCAGUGUUAUUUCAGCCUGAAGCACUGUCCAGACUUGGAGAAACUCUCACUGCAGGUAGCAAAGGGGGUGUUCCUGGAGAAUGACGUGGACUUCGACCUGGGCUUUGAGUUAGAGAGUUACACUUACUUCACCCUUCCGAACUGGGCACGGCAGGAUCUCCACUCUCUUGACAUCUGGAAGGAUUUCUGCUCUCUCGUCAGCUCAAACAGCAAUCUGAAGUUUCUGGAAGUGAGACAAAGCUUCCUGAGCGAGUCAUCCGUGCGGGUUCUUUGUGACCACAUAGCCCGUAACACCUGUCAUCUGCAGAAAGCAGAGAUUAAAAACGUCACCCCUGACACUGCUUACCGGGACUUCUGUCUUGCUCUCAUUGGGAAGACGACCCUCACUCACCUGACCCUGGAAGGGCACAUCGAGUGGGAACGCACGAUGCUGCUGCUGAUGUGUGAUCUGUUCAGAUCUCCCAAAGGCAACCUCCAGUACCUGAGGUUUGGAGGUCACUCGGCCACCCCAGAGCAGUGGGACGAUUUCUCCCUUAUUCUCAAAGCCAACCAGUCCCUGAGGCGCCUACACCUCUCAGCCAGUCUGCUCCUGGACGAGGGUGCCAAGUUGCUGUAUGAGACCGUGGGACACCCAACAAGCUUGCUGCAGAAGCUGUCGUUGGAAAACUGUCGUCUUACAGAAGCCAGUUGCAAGGAGCUUGCUGAUGUCUUGAUUCUCAGCCAGCAUCUGACACACCUGUGCCUGGCCAAGAACCCCAUUGGGGAUAAAGGGGUGCAAUUGCUGUGUGAGGGCUUGAGUUACCCCGACUGUAAACUGCAGAACCUGGUGUUACAGCAAUGCAACAUAACCAAACAUGGCUGCAGAGCGCUCUCGGAGGUUCUCCAAGGAGCCUGCAACCUCACAGACUUGGACCUGAGCUUCAACCACAUAGGCUGUGGAUUGUGGAUUCUCUGUCAGGCGUUAGAGAAUCCAGACUGCAACCUAAAACACUUACGGUAG